AUGGUCAUCAAUCGUGUUCGUCAUCCGCAAACGUGCACCUUCUUGCGGUUUCUUUCGGCAGCCCCACAGCCAUCUUCAUCAGGAGCAAAACCAAGCUUUUCACUUUUUGUGAAGCCGAAAGUAGCGACGCCUCACUUUGAAGUUUCUCGUCUUUUGACAACCAACCUUGCGGAACUUUACUACAAAAGAAAAGAGCCGGACUACACGCAAGAAAGCUUUCUUCGUGGAGCCAUGGAGGCGGCGUCGUUAUGCGCAGAAUAUAUCACAAGCAACAAUUGGGAUGGCCUCUCUCAUUUAUGUACAAAAGACCUAGUAGAAAGAAUCAGGGAUCGCUGUUCCGAAGCAGAUCUUUCUCAAUUCAAGGUUACGGAAGGCGAUGUGCUUUGCUCUUUUUUACACUCGGCGCUAUUUUCUGGCAAGAAGAUUUAUCAAUUUAACCCUGGAACCGUGCAUGGGUAUUUCACGGCUGUUGUUUUCUUUCGGACUUCUCAAUCCCUUCCAUACGACCUUACGCCAAAGGAGUAUCUGAACAAACACAUUGAGGAUCUUCUGGUUUGCAAUAUUACAUUAACUCGAACUAUUUCUCCAUUGGGUUUUUGGAAGAUUACGACGCUCAAUUAUUUUACGCCCAGU